ACAACCUUUGUGCUGAGAUCCCCGAGCCGCGGAGUGCGUCUGUCCCAGCCGCAGGUGGGUCGCUGUCCGCGUCCCGCCCAUGCUGCGGUCCCCAGCUAUGGCCCUCGCCAUCCGAGUCGUUUAUUGUGGUGCUUGAGGCUACAAGUCCAAGUAUCUUCAGCUCAAGAAGAAGUUAGAAGAUGAGUUCCCGGGAUGCCUGGACAUCUGCGGCGAGGGAACUCCCCAGGCCACCGGCUUCUUUGAAGUGAUGGUAGCUGGGAAGUUGGUUCACUCCAAGAAGAGAGGUGAUGGCUACGUGGACACAGAGAGCAAGUUUCUGAAGCUGGUGGCCGCUGUCAAGGCCGCCUUGGCUCAGGGCUAAUGUGCCCUGAAGGCAGAGUCCAGUGACCUUGGCCCAGCCCCUGGUGGCAGACGCUUCAUGACGGGAAGGACUGAAAUGUCUCGUGGACGCCUGGUCUUUCCCUGAUGUCCCUGCGGCCGCUGAGUGGGGGCUGAGACUGACGCCUCUGGUCCUUGCCUGUGUGUGUGUGUGUGUGUGUGUGUGUGUUUGCGCGCGCGC